CGUGCAGGACAACCUAAACCCCAGGGCCAUGGCGCAGAAACCAAUGAGCAUCGCGGAGGCCGAGCGCAUGAACCUCGUGGCCCAGGACCAGAUCUGGAGAUACCGCCUGAAGGCUGAGACCGAAGCACAGCAAAACUGGGCCCGGAACUGGGGAUUUUUAACAACCCCUCUCGAAGAGCUGAUCGAGUGUGAAGAUGAACCCCCCACCCCAAAGCCCAGGAUCGAGCUUCCCCAGAGGUUCCACAUCCGGGCGGUGACCCCCGUGGAGAAAUAUAUCAAGGUCCUUCCCUCGCCCCCGGUUCCGAAGACGACGCAAGGCUUCAUCGGCUGGCGGUCAGGGGUGCCGGGCCUGAACAAGUGCCUGGAGUACGGAGCGGAGAGCAGAAGCUGCAAGGGCGCCUUUGCCAAGGAGCUGGGCUGGCCCAAGCAGGGCAUCCACUGAGGCCGCACCUGGACGGCCGCGGGGCAGCGCAGGGCGGACCCCAGGCACCGGCCCACGCCCAGGAAAGAAAGCCUCCGGGGCCCUCUGAGGACAGCUCCCUCCAUGUUUGCUCAUGGGAUGUUGCAAAGAACACAGAAUAGCCCUCUGACAUUGUCAGUUCAUCAAUACCGCCCUUCCGGAACAUUCUUGUAACACUCCUUCUUGGCCACCGUAAUA